ACAAAAUUUGGUUGAGUUGGUAACAGGCUGGCAAUAUUAAGAAAACAGACGCAUUUUACUCCAUUUCUACUGCACAAAAUCACUUGAAGCGAUCWUAGUAUAGACAUAUAACAAUGGCGUCUUAUAGAAAAGGAUUAGGGGCAGGACAAAGAAAGAAAACAGGCCCUAAGCCAGAGCUUACAGAGGAACAAAAACAAGAGAUAAGAGAAGCAUUUGAUUUGUUUGAUACUGAUGGAUCUGGUACAAUAGAUGCUAAAGAACUCAAGGUUGCUAUGAGAGCUUUGGGUUUUGAGCCAAAAAAGGAAGAGAUAAAAAAGAUGAUAUCCGACAUUGACAAAGAUGGUUCUGGUACAAUUGAUUUUAACGAGUUUCUACAAAUGAUGACAGCUAAAAUGAGUGAAAAAGAUUCCAAAGAAGAAAUACUGAAGGCUUUUAAAUUGUUUGAUGAUGAUUCAACAGGAAAAAUAUCCUUUAAAAACUUAAAAAGAGUUGCCAAAGAAUUAGGUGAAAAUUUAACAGAUGAAGAACUUCAGGAAAUGAUUGAUGAAGCUGACAGAGAUGGCGACGGCGAGAUCAACGAAGCAGAAUUCUUGCGUAUAAUGAAGAAAACAAGUCUAUAUUAGAGUGCCUUCACUAACCAACAGAUGUUAACAUAUCAAGACAUAAAUCUUCUCGCGUCUUUCACCUGGUAUUUAUAAAGCAUUAUGGAAUCAAUAUAUAGGACAGUGUUAGUACUUGGGUUUUGUACUAUUGUGUCCUGUCAUAAUGAUGAACAAUUUCUUUUUGUUUAAGUGGCAGUCACUUAUUAACAAUCAUCAUUUUAUUGGUCAAKUAUUGAUUUCGUAGUUCAACUGAAAAUGCUAUAAAAUGGUUCUUUAUUUUUGAUACAAAAUGCUGAGUUUUGAGUUUCACUGGCUCAGAUUGUAAUGAGCUGUGAUCAUCUCCUUUCGCAUACACAUCAUUGGCUAUCAUGUCAGUUUAUUGUAAAACUUGGGCUGUAGUUCAGACAACCAUAGACCUCAAAAUGAAGUUUGAGGGGCAAUUCAACACCAUUUAGUUGGGAUUCCUGUGUUUUCACCACAGGAAUCCCAAGCCUAGUAAAAGACCAGUGUUAUGGGAUAUAAUGGCUUCUAAGCUUGAUGGGUCUGUAMAUAUUUUCUGAUAUUUUAAAGUUUGUGAUUAAACUAGGUGUACCAUAAGGUUAUAGUAAAUCAACAGUAAAACUAUUUGUCAUGUUGUUUUUAAUGGAUCUUCCCGACUCACAAAGAAAUUGAAAGGGGCCUGGGUCGAGUUGUCAAUAUUACUCUUACCCAGGUCACCUCACUGAAGUUCGGGAAAGUUUCAGUGGCUUUGAAAGCAUCCAAAGUAGUCUAUGCAGUGGUUUCUAUAGUAUUGCAAUAUUAUCAUAGAUCGAUAUGUUUUCGGAACCUAAGUGUUCAAUACUCAGCGAACAUAUCUAUUACUAAGUGAGUGAGUCAAUUCACAGAAAACAUCCUCAAUAAUGCUUUGUAUCUCAUUCCACGCUCUCAUCUUGAGAAUGCUGUGGCAAAAUCUUCGCAUUAAUGCGUGGAUUUGAUUACAAAAAUAUGUGUUGAGUUGAAACUUUAUUUGUUGCUUGACGCACUGAAUCCCAGCUUAUGUUCGGCCUUUUGUUGCUUUCUAACUAGUUYUGAACCGAAGUAAAAAGAUCAAAAAAGAA